UUAGACCACUUGAAACGUAUAAAUCAUUGUUCAACUCUAUAAGAGAACUGCUUUGACUUAUCGUUUAGGAGCACUGAGUCCAAAGACCUUACGUUUGGCCUGAUAAACGGGUGUAUAUAUACUAAUUUAUAUUGUACAUGUACAACACAAGCAAAUACAAGUACAUCUGACUGCAGCUCUUCAACUAGACAGUCCAGAAUCAUGGAAUACAUAGAAGUCUCAGAUCCUGAUGUAGAGCCUAUUAAAGAACCACUCACUAAAAGCUACAUACACGUUGCUUCAAAACGUCCCCUAUCCUCCCGUACGCUGUAUGACUGUAUGAGAGAGCUGAAAGAUAGUGAUGAAGAGGCUGUGGUUUUUAUGAAACCCGAUGGAACUCGCCAAGGCAGUAUCACCUACAAGAGAUGGGUGGCUCUAUCCGAGAACCUGGCCGUGUCUCUUAUUGACCUGGGUGUUCAACCCGGGGAUAAAGUAGUCGUAUGUAUACCGAACUGCGAAGAAAACAUCGUCAGCGUUGGAGGCCUUCUCCAUUGUGCAGCAUUGCCUGUUUUUAUAUCAUUUGAUCUCAGAAGUGGCGUAGAUAUUGUUGAGAAGGUGAAAGACGUCGAUGCUAAGAUGGUCAUUAUGUAUAUCGGAGAUGAUACAUCCAAGAAAGCGAUUGUGUCUGAGGUUUUCUCAAAAAUUCUACAAGGUGUUACCGAUCCGUCCAUGCCAGAGUUAAGAUACGUAGUCAGUGUAGGAGAUUCUCUCGUUGGAUCUCUUGAUUUUAUUGACUUAAUUAAACCUAAAACAAAUGAAGAAAAAAAGAAAUUUGAAGCUGCGAAUGAUCGCGUGAAUAUGGAUAGUCCAUGUUGGGUAAAUUCAACAUCCGGAAGCACCGGAAAACCAAAGCAUGCUCUUAUAACGCAUAAGGGAAUGGUUAAUUGCAUAACGUAUUUAAGCAGACGCCUGUACAUCGGAUCAGAGCGCAAUGUCACAUUCAACGAUCGGCCUUUUUCUUGGGCCGGUGGGACCAUCUCAAUUGGAUUUGUUCUCGCUGCUCAAGAAAAAUUGGUAACCAUUGAUGCUCGCCAAACCGUUGGAAAUCAGAAUUCUGAAACUGUAUUGAGAAUAUUGCAGAAUGAAAAGGUAACAAAAGCACUAUUGAUGCCCUACAUACUGUAUGAUGUCGUCAACAUGGAUGAAAAAAUCGUUAAGAAGUUCGAUCUAUCGUCACUUAAGGCGGUGUGGUCGGGAGGGCAGAGAAUGGAUCCCCUCAUCAUUGAUACGUUCAAAUCCCGUAUAAACGUAACAUUCUGCAUUGUCUAUGGGCAAACGGAGAACUUAUUGGUCACUCUUUUAUUUCCUUCAGGAGACUAUGUUAAACAGCAUGAAACCGCUGGAUAUGGGUUUCCACAUGUCGAAAUAGCGAUAAAGGACGAGACAAAUAAGAUAUUGCCUAUCAACACAAAGGGUGAGAUUUGUACGCGAGCUUACAGCGUUUUUGCUGGUUACCUGAACAACAAGGAGAAAACACUUGAAGCGUUGGAUUCAAACGGAUGGCUCCACUCUGGCGAUAUAGGCACGCUGACCCCUUACGGCUACCUUACAGUCGUUGGUCGCAUUAAAGACAUAAUAAAGCGUGGAACUGUGAUUGUGUAUCCUGGAGCCAUUGAGAGAGUCAUCAACGAACACCCAAGCGUUAAUCAAGUGCACGUUAUAGGUGUACCAGAUCCGAGGCUAUAUGAGGAGCUGUGUGCCUGUAUCCGAGUUCAUGAUGGUCAUAGCCUUUCAGAAGAUGAGAUCAAGACGUGGUGUAAUGGGGUCUUCUCUGAUGUAACAGCUGACGGACUCAGUAAUGCGCCCAGAUAUUACAUUACAAUGGAACAUUUCCCUGUCUUGGCGAGUGGUAAAAUAGACAAGACGACAUUAAAAAGCAAAGCCAUUGCUAAACUUGGUCUGUAGUUACGUGGUUUCGAGAUAUGUCACGUUGAUACCAACUCUUGACAUGAGGGACCUAAUGUUUUCACUGGACUACAAAAACCAACAUUUUGAAAGUGCGACAACAAACGUUUUGACAAUUACAUCUCGAAUGUGAUGUUACUACAAAAAGUCUAUAUUUGCGGUGUAUCGAUAGCUUAGAAACAAUUUGUAUCAAAAAUGCUUGAUGACUUUUUACGUAGUGCCACACAUUAUUUUGGCCAAACAAUUUAGCUUAUUUCCAAUUUUAUUGACUACAUAUAUACCAGGCCCGUAGCCAGCUUUUGACAGGUUUAGUAAAAAAAAAUAGCAAAAAGCACUAAAAAGUACUCAGAAUGGUGUAC